CUCAGCUGCGGCCAGAUUUAAAGAGACCGCCGCCGCUCGCUGUUAGUUAAUCGCAACGAGAACAAUAAUAAUAAUAAUAUUCAUCAUUUCAUAAUCAUAACAAUAGUAAUAAUACAUUUACAACCGGAAGUCGGGCUUUCGUGUUUGCGCGGAGUUGGCGCGGGUUUUAUUUGUGAGAGAAACGCAGCGAUGUUGAGGUAGUUUGGCUAGUUUCUCUCCCCUCAGCCGAGGCUCUGCCACUUGGCCAAGACUCUUCUUUUCUUUCCUUAUUUAUUUAUUCUUCUGGAUUCAGCAGGUAUUUAAAAGGCGACCACUCAAAGUCAUCCCUUCUUUUGUUUUAGUUUUUUAUUUGUAACUUUGCUGGAUCUCUAACAUACACAGAGAGAGAGAGAGACUAAUCCCGGUGUGGUGUUGUGGCUGCUGCUCUGAGCACAAUGGCGAAAAUCCAGGCUCACAGCAGCACCAAGCACAUCACCCCGCUCCAGGAGAAAGCCUUCACCGCCCAGAAACACCAGCAGCACUUCCAGAAACUCAAGGUAGAAGAUGCUCUGUCAUACCUGGAUCAGGUUAAAAUCCGUUUUGCGAACGAUCCCGGGAUCUACAACAAGUUCCUGGACAUCAUGAAGGAGUUUAAGUCUCAGAGUAUCGAUACGCCGGGCGUGAUAAACCGCGUCUCUCAGCUGUUCCACGGCCACCCGGACCUCGUGCUGGGCUUUAACGCCUUCCUGCCUCCCGGAUAUCGGAUAGAAAUCCCGAAAAACGGAAUGGCCUUCCUGCAGUCGCCUUUCAGUCCGCAGCAGGUUUCUCCCGGAAAAGCAAAGAGCACCGAGUCGAGUUCGGCCCAGAGCGAGACGGUGGCGUCGCCUCAGAGCACCUCGCCGUCUUCGGGCGUCCCUCCGGACCCGCCCGGGAGACUCGCCCUGCCUCUGCCUAGCCAGUCGCAACCAGCCACGUCGUCCGCGUCACCGCCCGCAUCGGAAGCGAGUCCCGUCGAGUUCGACAGCGCCAUCAGCUACGUGAACAAGAUCAAGAGCAGAUUUCUGGACCAUCCGGAAAUCUACAGGUCCUUCCUGGAAAUCCUGCACACCUACCAGAAGGAGCAGUUGGAGCUGAAGGAGAACAGGAGCAGGACGAGUACAGGGAUGACGGAGGAUGAGGUUUUUUCCAAAGUGGCGAGCCUGUUUAAAGGACAGGAGGACCUGCUGGCGGAGUUUGGACAGUUCCUCCCCGACGCCAAGAGAUCGCUGUUUACUAGCGGUUCGUUAACAGGCAAGGAGCCGGUGAAGAAGACUGACGAAGAGGAGUUAAACAAGCAGCCCAAGAAAAGGCCACGCCCACUUCUGCUGCCUCACAUGACGCCGCUGCUUAAGAAGAAAAUGAAGUUCUCCUGCUCCAAAGAGCCGUCUUUCGCGUCAGUUGGAAAGCAUGGGGUUCUCCGCGAGUUCACCUUCUUUGACAAGGUUCGGCGUUUGUUUAAGAGUCAGGAGGUGUAUGAGAACUUCCUGCGCUGCAUCGCCCUGUUUAACCAGGAGGUGGUGUCGGGAGCUGAGCUCCUGCAGCUUGUCACGCCGUUUCUCGGGAAGUUUCCAGAGUUGUACUCCCAGUUUAAGUCGUUCCUUGGCGAGAAGGAGCUGUCGCACUCUGUAUCAGGUUUGUCGGAGCGCUAUAUGGAAGGGGGCGGAGCUAGGGAGGUGGACUACGCUUCCUGUAAGAGACUCGGUUCUAGUUACAGAGCCCUGCCGAAAACGUACCAACAACCCAAGUGCAGCGGGAGAACAGCGCUCUGUAAAGAGGUGCUGAACGAUACCUGGGUCUCGUUCCCGUCGUGGUCGGAGGACUCCACCUUCGUGAGCUCGAAGAAGACGCCAUACGAGGAGCAGCUGCACCGCUGCGAGGACGAGAGGUUCGAGCUGGACGUGGUUCUGGAGACCAACCUGGCCACCAUCAGGGUCCUGGAGAGCGUUCAGAAGAAGCUGUCUCGCCUCUCGCCCGAGGACCAGGACCGCUUCCGAUUGGACGACUGUCUGGGCGGGACCUCGGAGGUGAUCCAGCGCCGCGCCGUGUACCGCAUUUACGGAGAUAAAGCUCCCGAGAUCAUCGAGGGACUGAAGAGGAACCCGGCCACUGCAGUACCUGUGGUACUCAAGAGGUUGAAAGCGAAGGAGGAGGAGUGGAGAGAAGCUCAGCAGGGCUUUAAUAAGAUCUGGAGGGAGCAGUAUGAGAAGGCGUACCUAAAGUCUCUGGACCACCAGGGCGUCAACUUCAAACAGAACGACAUGAAGGCCCUGAGGUCCAAGAGCCUGCUCAACGAGAUCGAGAGCAUCUACGACGAGCGCCAGGAGCAAAGCACAGAGGAGGGCGGAGUCGGCCAGCAGAGUCGUGAAGGGGGCAGAUCCUCGAGUGAACCUCACCUGAUCUUCUCCUACGAGGACAAGCAGAUCCUGGAGGACGCCGCGUCCCUCAUCAUCUAUCAUGUGAAGCGUCAGCCCACCAUCCACAAGGAGGACAAGGACCAGAUCAAGCGCAUCAUCCACCACUUCAUCCCCGACCUGUUCUUCUCGCGGCGUGGCGAGCUCAGCGACACGGAGGAGUGGACGGACGAGGAGGCCGAGACGGAGGACGGGGGCGGGGUCGCGGCCGGGGCGGCGUCGGACGUACAGACGGCGGCGGUGGCGAUGUCGGAGCGAGGGGGAGGGGGAGGAGACUUGGCAGGGUCUCCGGGGAGUCAGCAGCAGGUGAACGGCGAGUCGAGGCGGCGGCGGUGCGCGUCCCCGCGUGGGGCGGAGCAACAGGAGCAGCUGGAGCAGCAGAAGGAGCAGGACGGCAUCUACAACCUGUUCUUCGUCAACAACAACUGGUACUUCUUCCUGCGGCUGCACCAGACUCUGUGCUCGCGGCUGCUGAAGGUGUACCGGCAGGCCGAGAGACAGCUGCUGGAGCACCGCGCAGAACAGAGCGCAGAGCGCCUCCUGGUGGCCGAGGGACGCAGGGACAAGGCCACGGAUCUCGCCAUGGAGCUGCGACUCAAACAACCCAGUGAGGUGGAGCUGGAGGAGUACUACCCGGCAUUUUUGGACAUGGUGCGCAGUCUGCUAGACGGAAAUCUGGAGUCAACGCAGUACGAGGACACGCUGCGCGAAAUGUUCACCAUCCACGCCUACAUCGGCUUCACCAUCGACAAACUCAUCCAGAACAUCGUCAGACAGCUACAGCACCUGGUGAGCGACGAGGUGUGUGUUCAGGUAGCUGAGCUGUACGCGUGUGAGCGAAGACGUGGCGCCGCGGGAGGAAAUCUCUCCUCUCAGUGUGUGAGAGCCGCCUGGGAGACCAGCUACCAGUGGAAAGCUGAGAGAGUGAUGGCUGAGGAGAACUGCUUCAAGGUAAUGUUUAUCCAGAAUAAAGGUGAGGUGACUAUGACCAUCGAGCUGCUGGACACUGAGGAGGCUCAGGCUGACGAUCCACUGGAAGUACAGUGCUUGUCGAACUACAUGGAGCAGUUUGUUGGAACUGAAACGUCGGCGUGUUCACAGGGAGAAGGUUAUUACUUCAAACCAGUAUUCCUGCCCAGGAAUCUGCGUCAGUUCCGGCGCUGGCAGCUGCGACAGGUGGAGGCUCUGCGCAGUCGGCGCGAGCUGCGGGAUCAGCUCGGUGUGGAAAGCGCCGGAAACCUCGACUGCAGGUUCAAACUCAAUACACACAAGAUGGUGUUCGUCAUGAACUCGGAGGAUUACAUGUACCGCCGCGGGGCGCUCAUCAAGGCCAGGAAGACACACAUGCGCGUGUCCCGGGUGCAGCGUGAGCGUUUCUCCCGGUGGCACGGGGCGUGGCAGAGCGAGCACGUCCCCCCGGCCGCCGCCCGCUCCGUCCAAGCCUGGCUCCUCGGAGACGACCUCGAUGACCUCCUGCCCUGCAAGACCACCUGCGUGGUGUCACAGGUCAAAGGUCAAACUGUCAAUAGGUACCAGGUGCGGUACAGCAGCAAGGCUCCGGUUUCACCGUGACGCACAACGACCACGCCCUCAUCACCCAAAACAUACACACACACACACACACACACACACACACACAAACAUAAGUGCACACAAACACGCACACAGAGAAGGACGGAUGCGGCAUCGAGGAUGUAAUCAUGGUGUGGACUUGAACAGCCAAUCGGAUGUGAAUGAAUGAAUGAAAAACUUUUUUUGUUUUUUUCCAUUGUAGUUUUUAGCAUAUGAAACCAGCCGUGCGUGUGUGUGCGUGUGUGUGCGUGUACUCUGUAUGUGCACUUCUCUUGGCUAUAAGUGAAUGAGUGACGUCAUCAGCUGGAGACUCGACACGUUGAUGCUUUUGAUCUGAAUAAUCAUGUAUCAUAUCGACUCUCAGAAAUCAUGCUUUUUUUUUUCCUUUGAUGUAAUUUUUACAUGUUAAAAACAUGAUAUGAUGAAAUCCAAGCGUUUUGCAGAGGAAUGUAUAACACAGAUCCUGUAUCAGUUAUCUUGAAAUAAAACAACCACGUUGUGCAGUUCUUACAAA